AUGGGCCAGCAGUUCACCAAUGCUGAAGGGGAGCAAGGAGAGAUUGAUGUCGCAGAGCUGCAGGAAUGGUAUAAGAAAUUUGUGGUGGAAUGUCCCAGUGGGACCCUCUUCAUGCACGAGUUCAAGCGGUUCUUCGGGGUCCAGGACAACCAGGAGGCAGCAGAGUAUGUGGAGAACAUGUUCAGGGCUUUUGACAAGAAUGGGGAUAACACCAUCGAUUUUCUGGAGUACGUAGCUGCCUUGAAUCUCGUUUUACGAGGAAAGCUGGAACACAAGCUGAGGUGGACGUUCAAAGUGUAUGACAAGGAUGGGAACGGCUGCAUAGAUAAACCUGAGCUGCUGGAAAUUGUUGAGUCUAUCUACAGGCUGAAGAAGGUGUGCUGGUCGGACGUGGAGGACAGGACCCCGCUGCUGACACCAGAGGAGGUGGUGGACAGGAUAUUUCAGCUGGUGGAUGAGAACGGGGAUGGGCAGCUGUCCCUUGACGAGUUCAUUGAUGGAGCCAGGAAGGACAAGUGGGUGAUGAAGAUGCUGCAAAUGGAUGUGAACCCCGGGGGAUGGAUCACGGAGCAGAGGAGAAAGAGUGCUUUGUUCUGAGAAAAUGCGGCUUUGGCACGGCUGAAAUGGUGAUGCUGAUUCCCAGGUGUGACCCUCCCUCUAGCCUUUUAAUUCUUUCCUUUUAAUUCCAUCUCAGCAUCUCGAGUGCAUUCAGGAGCCUUUCUGUAAAUCGUGCUGAGCACUGCGGGUACCCAGGGACUGUUUCUGGCCCAUGAAUAAUCCUGCUGUGUACACAGGACUGGGUUUGCCAGCUCUGCUUUUUGGUUACACCCCAAGAAACAACUUUGUGUGGCUUCCUGCAGCAGGUUUGGGGCAGGUGGGGAGUGAGGAGUGGGGCUGGUGCUGCUGGCCCAGCUCAUUCCUGCUCUUCCAGCAGCCAGAGCAGCCCAGGAGCUGCUGCUGGAUGUUCAGGGCUCUCUGUGUGUGCUUUGUAGCCUCUACUGCUGCUCGUGCCAGAUUCCUGCAGGCACCAAAACCGAGAAUUGGAUGGGAGCAGGGGCCAGGACGACACACAGAGCUGAGGGAAGCGAUGUGAGGGCUGGGCAGGAGGAGCAGCAGCUCCAUCCUCUCCCUCCUGGGGA